AAAACUUGAAUGAAAUUAAUGAACGCACCCAUCGCCGCUGAUGGACGUCGCCUGUUAAACGCGGCGACUGCAGUGGGCGAGUCAAUAACAACUCGCGAAUUUCUCAAGUUUAGCUCUCCUGCCCCAGCCUAUAUUUAGUGGCUGCUGCUUCAGAAGAUUUCCACAAGAGGGCUUGUGGAGAGGUUACAAGUCCCUCUAUGGCAGAGGUGUUGGGGCCACACCCCCAUCAUCUCUCUGCUAGGGCAUCACCACAGGCCAAGGCAAAAGUGAUAUGAUGAAACAACGGAAAGAAAGACAAAGAAGAAACAGCAUGGAACCCUUAUUAGAAGAGGAAACAGUAAAAAAAGUAAAUGUAAAGUAUGACAAAUUGGAAAAACAGAAGCAAGGGGGGCCCGGUAUGGUGCUACGACGCAUCCUACUAGGGAUGUGCCUUAUCCAGUUUGCUAUCACUGCGUACUUAGCUCUGUGCAUCUACAAUUCUGCCUAUUCAAGUGUCAAAGGAGUGAAAAAUGUGCCACAGAUAAAAGCUCAGCGCAGCAAAGAUGGAACCGAUCGUAAACAGCCUGCUAAGAAAUAUGGGGAAUUUGACAUUGGGGAGAACCAGGCAGCAAUUGUCAUGGCUCAGCAAGAUGUCAAGCCUCAUGUCGUUCGUGAUAUUGAGGUGAAGUGGAAUGAUGCGGCCCAAGCAAAAUUGCUUGCCUCUGUAGAUAUUCCUGUGGUAGAAGUGUGGGGGAAAGCUGCAAUAGGAUCCUACUUAUGGCAACAUAUCCUGGAAGGAGAAGAAAGUUUAGAUGAAACAAUGCCUGGUGCUACUGUUGGGGAGUUGAGAAUGCCUGCAUUUGUGCUCAGAUAUAGAUCAGGUCCUGGUGUCAUCCCAGAAACUGUACCACGUGAUGUAAAAUACCUUGUUCUGGUUGUAAAUGGUCGAACUCCAGAGAAGAUAAAGGAUGCAAAACAGUGGCUUAAUGAUUUGAAGAUGUGGGACAUGCCUCCUGAAAUUAUGUUAAUUAUGCUGGGAAAUGAGAAGUGUGACAAUGAAUGGGUGCUCAACUAUGUGUCACCAAAGGGUCCAGUUGUAACUGUUCUGCUGACCUAUGAUGACCCAAGAGUAGAUCAGAAGACAUUUUACCAGUGGCCUCUUGGUGUUGCAACAUACAGACAGUUUCCUGUCAUAGAAGAAGAACAGGUAUCUCCAGAGGCUCCUAGAAAGUAUGUGUGUAACCUGAGGGUAACGCUUCAUCCUAACUCCUCUAGAAUAGCCCUUCAUAAGUUCCUGAAAAAUGAUGCCUACGCUUCCAACAACUGUUUCAUAUCAGUCAGAGAAAAAUGGCUGCCAAAUGAAACACCUGAAUCAAUGAAUGAGUAUGUUUGGUCUCUGUUGCAGUCGGAUCUGACACUUUCUCCUGCUGGGAUGAACACAGAAACAUAUAGAGUAUAUGAAUCAAUGUCAGCUGGAAGUACACCUGUAAUAGAAGAUGUAGCAACCCCAGGUCAUUGUGACACAUCCCCAUGGAGGUUGUUAAAGAAACACGGACCUCCAGCAAUCUUCGUCAAGUCAUGGGAACAGUUACCUAAAAUUCUCGCUAAGGAACGCAGAUUCAGCAAGCAGUACAAGGCUCUUCGUAGAUUACGUGUGUUCCAGUGGUAUGAAUGGUUCAAGCUGAAAAUGAGGGACAGGUUCAUCUCCAUUAUAUCAUCUAAUCUAUUACAUGGCUGAAGGAACAACAAACUUUUGGUUUGUACCUUGGAUUCUCUCUCUCUACCUUCUGUUAAUUGGUAGAGAGAUUUUUACCUAGUCUGUAAAUGCUUUUAUGUGACAUUGAAGUCUUUUAAUGGUUUCUUGUGUCAAGAAACAACAGUAAUGAAUUAUGUAAAAAUAAUAGAAUGUGUUGGGGAAAUUUAAGAAUGCAGGUACUGCUGGUGCCAUACAGGUUAUGUCCAAAGUAAUUAUGCUGUAUCUCUUUCUUUUUGCGUUGUCACCUUUAUUUGGAAAGUAACUUGGCCUAGGCACUGGACAUACCACAGGCACAUGCACACACAGACAUAUGCAAAUACAGUCAUAUAUGCACAGACAUUCACACAUAGACAUACACACUUAGACAUAACAUGCACACAUGAGAUUUAGACAUGACAUACAGACAUGUCAUCUGUACAGUAGGUAGUUAUGACAUGCAGACAUGACACACAAACAUGACAGACGGACAUGACACAAAAACAUGACAGACCGGCAUGACACACAAACAUAACAGGUGGACAUAACACAUACACAGACAAACAGAUUCAUAUAGGCACAGACACAGUCAGUCAGCUUGCAGCCAAAAGGAAUACUGAAAGAUUAUAUAGAAAUAGUUAAUACAAAUAUAGAUGGUUUAUGCUUGAAGCUACUAAAGCUAGAUGCAGUUAUUGAAAUUAAUAAACCAGAUGUAACUUGCAUCACUGAAUCCAACCUGGAUCCCUCCUUAGAUGAUGUAACAUUAGGACCCAGAGAUUAUAAUAUUUGGAGAAAAGAUAGGCAAAUGGAAAUUGAAGGGGGGUAGCAAUAUUAAUAGGGAAAGGAACUAUUAGAAAGGAGUUCAAGACCCCAUUGUAGAACUAAAGGCAAUUGAGGUAGAAACAAUUGGAGUAAGCAUAGCAAUAACCACAGCGAACAUGCCACCUCAUACAUUGGUAUGGUCACAAGAAAAUUACCAAAAAGUAAUUCAAGAAAUAUUAAAGAGCCUAGAAGAAGUGCUACAACUUUUGGAAACUGAUGCAAGAGAGACUUAUAGCGGGAAUUUAAUAUCAAAUUUGACAGAAAGUUUCGAUCCCAGAGCUCGGCCAGAUUCAUGGAAUGCAAAAUUACAAAGUCAUAAAUGAAUUUUGCCUUUUCCAAAAUGUAACAGAUCAUACUGGGGAAGAGGGCAAGACUGACUGUCUAUACCUGACCUAAUAUUCACAAAGCAUAAAGAUGACAUUAUGGAUAUGGAGUACUGCCUUUCUCUAAGAAAAAGUGACCAUGUAAUAAUUAAACUAAAAUUAUGUAUGUUACAGGAAAAACUCAUUGUAAGUAAGGAAAGAAGAGGAAAGUACAACUACAAGAGGUAAUUAUAGAAGCCUUAAAGAUUUCUUUGAUGGCAAAAACUGGGAAACAUUCCUAGACUAAGAGAACUUUGAUAUACCAUAUUCAAAAUUAUAUUGUAAAAAAAAGGGCUAGAAAAAAGAAAAGGCCAGAAGUGGUUCAAUGAUAAAUGCAAGGAAAUUAGAGUAAACUCCUCUGAAAAAGGUUCAGAAGACAUAGUUCUCAGGCAAUGUAUGAAAGGCAUAAAAUAAGAAGAAAUGAGAAAUCCAAAAUUAGACUUUGAACAGGAUUUAAUAAAAAAAUGUACAAAUCAACCAAAGCUCUUCUUUAACUAUAUAAGAGAUCAAAUAAGCAGCAAUAACAUCGUUUAUACUAAGGAGGAGGAAAUGUGUGAACUACUUAAUGAGAAAUUUCAGUCAGUAUGGAAAGCUGUUAGAAAGGAUAAUUAGGAAAUAGUGGGUUGAAGUACUUGAAAAACAUGAUAUAUCAAAUAAACAAUGUGGUUUUAGGGAAGAAGGUCAUGCAUGACAAAUCUCCUCGGUGUCUGUGACAGAAUUUCUGAAUAAUAAAGGAAUGAGAUAGC